AGCCAAUCUCCUUCUCCCUCCCAACUUUUCAAUCUCUCUCUCUCUCGUAGCGUUUUCGUUCUCGUUCCUCUUCUCGCAUCGAGGAUCGGCGAUUCUCUUACACCGUGAACACGCGUACCUUCGCGUUGAUCAUGAACGAGCCUCCCCGAUUUAAGUAUCUAGGGUUACAUUGAGGAGGUUCAAAUCUUAUUUUUGAAAUUGAAUUCAAAUGGCUCGUCGUAGUAGAAUCAGAUCAAGGAUCAAGAAAAGCCAUUUCUACACCUUCAGAUGCCUCAGGCCCAAAACACUCGACGAUCAAGGCCCCCACGUCAUCAACGGACCAGGCUACACCCGCAUCGUCCACUGCAACCAGCCCCAACUCCACUUAGCCACUAAGCUCCUUAGGUACAGAUCCAACUACGUGUCCACCACUAGGUACAACAUGCUCACCUUCCUCCCCAAAUGCCUCUACGAGCAGUUCCACCGCGUCGCCAACUUCUACUUCCUCGUCGCUGCGAUCCUCUCCGUCUUCCCUCUCUCGCCUUUCAACAAGUGGAGCAUGAUCGCUCCACUUGUUUUCGUUGUUGGGCUUAGUAUGGGUAAAGAGGCCUUGGAGGAUUGGCGGAGGUUUAUGCAGGACGUGGCGGUUAACUCCAGGAAGGCUUGUGUUCACAAAGGGAGUGGGGAGUUUGGUCGUAGGAUGUGGAAGAAGCUCCGUGUUGGGGAUGUGGUGAGAGUUGAUAAAGAUGAGUUUUUCCCUGCUGAUUUGCUCUUGUUGUCGAGCAGCUACGAGGAUGGGAUUUGUUAUGUGGAGACGAUGAACUUAGAUGGAGAGACUAACUUGAAAGUUAAGAGGUGUUUGGAUGCUACUUUGGCGUUGGAAAAGGAUGAGUCUUUUCAGAGUUUCUCUGGGAUUAUCAAAUGCGAAGAUCCGAAUCCGAACUUGUAUACGUUCGUUGGGAACCUUGAGUGUGAUGGCCAGGUUUAUCCACUUGAUCCUAACCAGAUUCUAUUGAGAGAUUCUAAGCUGAGGAACACCACUUAUAUCUAUGGUGUUGUGGUUUUCACCGGUCAUGACACGAAAGUCAUGCAGAAUUCGACAAAGUCUCCUUCAAAGAGAAGCAGCAUUGAGAAGAGGAUGGACUAUAUUAUAUACACUCUCUUUGCGCUUCUUUUGUUUGUCUCCUUCAUCAGCUCUCUGGGGUUUGCUGUGAUGACAAAAGUUCAAAUGGGAAACUGGUGGUACUUGCGACCAGACAGGCCUGAGAGCUUGACGAAUCCAACGAAUCCUCUGUACGCUUGGGUAGUCCAUUUGAUCACUGCUCUCUUGCUUUACGGCUACUUGAUUCCCAUCUCGUUGUAUGUUUCCAUAGAGUUAGUGAAAGUCUUGCAAGCAUCUUUCAUUAAUCAAGACUUGCAGUUGUAUGAUAGCGAGAGCGGGACUCCAGCUCAGGCACGCACAUCGAAUUUGAACGAAGAGCUGGGACAAGUUGAUACGAUUCUUUCUGAUAAAACGGGAACUUUGACGUGUAACCAGAUGGACUUCCUGAAAUGCUCAAUCGCGGGUACUUCUUAUGGUGUCCGUGCCAGUGAAGUGGAACUAGCUGCUGCAAAGCAGAUGGCCAUGGAUCUCGAGGAGCAAGGUGAUGAGAUUACAAACGUUCCAAUGACUAAAGUCAGGACACAACGCUACACCAAACUUGCCAGCAGGACGUCCUCAGAUUUUGAGUUGGAGACUGUAAUCACAGCUAGUGACGAAAAGGAUCGGAAGCCGACCACUGGCAUUAAGGGGUUUAGUUUUGAGGAUAGCCGUCUAAUGGAUGACAACUGGGUAAAUGAGCCGAAUCCUGAUGACAUUUUGAUGUUUUUCCGUAUACUAGCGGUUUGUCAUACUGCUAUCCCUGAGGUGGAUGAAGAUACUGGAAAGUGCACUUAUGAAGCCGAGUCUCCUGAUGAAGUUGCUUUCCUUGUUGCUUCUAGGGAGUUUGGUUUUGAGUUUACUAAGAGAACUCAAACAAGUGUUUUUAUUGCUGAACGGUUUUCACCUUCAGGCCAACCAGUUGAUAGAGAAUACAAAGUGUUAAAUCUUCUUGACUUCACUAGCAAAAGAAAAAGAAUGUCUGCCAUUAUCCGGGAUGAGGAAGGGCAGAUUCUUCUACUCUGUAAAGGCGCUGACAGCAUCAUAUUUGAACGGUUAUCAAAGAAAGGAAAAGAUUAUCUAGGAGCUACUACCAAGCACUUGAAUGAAUACGGUGAAGCUGGUUUACGUACAUUGGCACUUGGUUAUAGAAAGCUGGAUGAAGCAGAGUAUUCGGAAUGGAACAGUGAAUUUCACAAAGCCAAAACAUCUGUUGGAGCUGAUAGAGAUGAAUUGCUUGAGAAGGUAUCAGAUAUGAUGGAGAAGGAAUUGAUCCUUGUUGGAGCUACUGCUGUGGAGGACAAACUGCAAAAAGGGGUUCCUCAAUGCAUAGAUAACCUUGCUCAAGCUGGUCUCAAGAUAUGGGUUUUGACAGGAGAUAAGAUGGAGACAGCUAUAAACAUAGGAUACGCCUGCAGUUUACUUAGACAGGGUAUGAAGCAGAUAUCCAUUUCAUUUGCUAAUGUAGAGGAAUCAGCUCAAAACUCCGAAGCUGCUGCAAAGGAGAGCAUUUUGAUGCAGAUAACAAAUGCGUCACAGAUGAUCAAAAUAGAAAAAGAUCCACAUGCAGCGUUUGCUUUGAUCAUUGAUGGGAAGACACUUACAUAUGCUUUGAAGGAUGAUGUCAAGUACCAGUUUCUCGCACUUGCAGUUGUCUGUGCAUCAGUAAUCUGCUGUCGUGUCUCUCCUAAACAGAAAGCACUUAUAACAAGGCUAGCUAAAGAAGGUACAGGGAAGACAACUUUAGCAAUCGGCGAUGGUGCAAAUGAUGUUGGAAUGAUUCAAGAAGCUGAUAUUGGUGUUGGCAUCAGCGGCGUUGAAGGCAUGCAGGCUGUAAUGGCAAGUGACUUCUCCAUAGCCCAGUUUCGCUUUCUGGAGAGACUACUUGUUGUCCACGGACAUUGGUGCUACAAAAGAAUAGCCCAAAUGAUCUGUUACUUCUUCUACAAGAACAUAGCGUUUGGCUUAACUCUCUUCUACUUCGAAGCCUUCACUGGGUUUUCUGGUCAAUCAAUAUUCAACGACUCCUACUUAUUACUCUUCAACGUUGUUCUCACUUCUCUCCCCGUCAUUUCUCUCGGAGUUUUCGAACAAGAUGUCCCCUCUGAUGUCUGCUUAGAGUUCCCUGCAUUAUAUCAACAAGGCCCCAAGAACCUAUUCUUCGACUGGUACAGGAUCCUCGGAUGGAUGGGGAAUGGAGUUUACGCAUCCAUAGUCAUCUUCACACUCAACCUCGGAAUCUUCCAUGUCCAAUCAUUCCGCUCUGAUGGCCAAACCGCAGACAUGAACGCCAUGGGAACCGCCAUGUUCACUUGCAUCAUUUGGGCAGUAAACGUUCAAAUCGCUCUCACCAUGAGCCACUUCACUUGGAUCCAACACGUAAUGAUUUGGGGAAGCAUAGGAGCUUGGUACAUCUUCCUCGCCCUUUACGGUAUGCUACCACCAAAACUCUCUGGUAACAUCUUUCACAUGCUCAUCGAAGUUCUAGCGCCUGCACCGAUCUUCUGGCUUACCGCACUCCUGGUGAUAGCCGCUACAACACUCCCUUACUUGUUUCACAUCUCGUACCAAAGAUCGGUGAACCCUCUCGACCAUCACAUUAUACAAGAGAUCAAGCAUUUCAGGAUUGAUUUAGAGGAUGAGAGAAUGUGGAAACGAGAGAAGUCCAAGGCUAGAGAGAAGACAAAGAUUGGUUUCACGGCUAGAGUUGAUGCUAAGAUCAGACAGCUACGAGUGAAGCUUCAGAGGAAACAUUCGGUGUUGAGUGUCAUGAGUGGGACUUCUUCUAAUGAUACAACUUCAAACUCACAACAGACUUAAUUUAAGAUCAAGUAAAUUUUGUUUUAACUGCACUGU